AUGAUUAACCAAAACACAGGUACAUGUUAAUUUUAAAUCGAUUUAGAAUCGUCUAAAUGGGAUUGGGUGCCUGCCACUCAAACACUUGAGAUUACCAUAAAUUCGAAUAAAGUAUAAAUAGAAACAACGCCUUCAAUUGUUUUGACUCAUCCUGAAGGAGAUGCUUAUCCUGAACCAUACGUUACUUUAGUAAUUGACACUGAGAAACAAUUAAAAUAUUCUGAGGAAUUGGGAUGGAAUUGGCACAAGAGCUGGAAUUUGCCAAACAUUGUGGUCAGAUUAGAAAUCAAAGAUUCAUAAACGUAAGAACUUUUACUUUCUCCUAAAAAUUUAUAUGCUUAGUUAUAUGCUGUUAAAAAGGUACAAGAAGGGAGUCGCGUGAUUCUUCAAGAUGUUGGAUUGCGAGGAACAAGCAAAUUAGAACUCAUUGAUGGUCAAGCUUAUUUUUCAGCUUUGAGAUUUGCAUCAACCUCGUAUAACAAUGAAGGUGUGAAAUUUCAUUUAUUAAUGAGUGUGUACAUUCAAAAUUCAGACACUGAAAAACCUCAAAUAUUGAAUUCCACUAUUUCUCCUCCAAUUUUUGUAGAUAGUAGAAAGAGUGCAGGUAAUUCUGAAUAAAAAAAAUUGUAUUUGCAUGCGGAACCAUUUACAUUUGAUUUGCUCGACAAAAAGUACUUCAAAAGAGAGAACAAAAGGAAGACAGAACAGGAUGUAGAAAUAGAAAAUGACUUUGAAAGUCUGUUCAACUAUUUAACCGCCCCCAAUAUUCGUCAUAAGGUGAAACACCCUCUAUUUUUGAUCAUCAAAUUUUCCACCUGUGUUUCUCUCUACUACAAUCCAGUCACUGUGGAAGGAAAUAUCAAGACUAUAAUGGAGAAACUCUAAAGUCAAUUAACCAAAGAUAUUAUUACCAAGUAAUUGGGAGCAUCUGGCGAAAAAUAAUUUUAUUUGUUGAUAGAGGAAAACAAUGAUUAAAAUAAGAAUAAAAAGGUGACUGAAGCCAUUGAUUUCCUCAAUACUGGGUGUUUAGAAAUUAUUAGGAAGGAAGAUUAAAUUCCUUCUAAAUUUGUUAAAUUAGGAGACUCUGCAGAAAUCUUAGAGAAUUAUAAAUAAUGCUUUGAUUAAUUGUUGAAGAUUUUUAAAUAAUUAACUUAAAAAUUUUGUGAAAGUGACUCAAAUGAAUCAGAUGAUAAUUAUUCUGAUUCUGAACCUUAGUCAGCAUAAAAGAAGGUCAAACUAAACGAAUAUUAAAAUUAGCCAUCUGCAUAGAAAAUGGAAAAAUAAGAACAAGAAGUAAAAAAACCUGUAAAUCCUCCUGAGUAGAUCCCUGUAUAAUUGCAACAAUAAUAGUUAAAUGAUAUUGUAGUUCAAUAAGCACUCAACUAAUAAUAGUAGAAACCUGUAUAAUAAUAGCCAUAACCACCUAAAAGUAAGCCAAAUGAUGUUAUCAAUAAACCUGUUCCACCACAAAUCCCUUAAAUUCCAUAACAAUAACAAUAGAAUAAUAAAAAGUAGGCAUGGUAACAAGCAUCUUCAUUUACUGCCCCUUCCUUGUAACCAGUUCAAUAACUCCCAUAACAACUACCUAAUCAACAUUAAUAAGCCUAUCAAAAACCUAGUCACAUUCCUGGAAUCCAACCAAUCAACAUACCUGCCUAAGGGUUAUAAGGAGCACCUUAACAUAUGAACCCUGCAUUCCCUUACUAAUUUUAAUAACCCAUUGAUCAGAAUGCCUUGUAAUCAUUCAUGUAAUAUAACCAGAUCUACCAAUAACUGCUUAUGCAGUAGUAAUAACAGCUAAGUCAAUAAUAGUACCCUCCUCAGCCAGGCAUGAUGGGUAAUCCAAUGUAAUCAUAAUUGUUGAAUUACAUGUAGAGCUUAGGGGGAUUGGGAUUACCUUAAGGACAAGUGAAUCCCUAAUAAUUAAUGGGAUAAAAUUAGAACUUUUAAUAAUUAUAAUAACAAUUGUUAGCUUCGCAAUUGAAUUCUUAAUUGGGAAUGUAAUCUGCUUUGCCCUAGCAAUUAGGAUAAGGAAUGGGGUUGAAUCAAUUACAGCAAUAAUACCUCUAAUAACAAAUGCAAUAAUAAAUGGGAAUGGGUAAUUUUUCAAAUUUUAAUCCAUUGAUGGGACUCUACUAAGGAUAGCAAUAAAAUGUAAAGAAGCCUGGGGAAGGAUCAGGAAUAAUAAAAUAGGAGCCACAAUGA